GAUUAAUCAAAAUUUGUGUAUAUUUUUAAGCCACCAUCACCACAAUCAAAGUAGAGAUCAAAAGUUUAUCAAUGAUGACCACUAGCAGACACCAUCCAACUAAGUAGAUGAGAAGAAGAACCUUAUCAACAUGAAAAAUUAAUGAAAAAACCUCACAGAAGAAAAAAUCCACGUCAUUUGAUUUCGUACUUUCCAACCGUUUAGAAUUAUUUGCUGGCGAAGAAAAACAAAUCAAAGGAAAAUGCUGCAUAUACCAUUACGUCAAAUACCAGUCGCUGUAAAUAACAGAAUAAGCAAAGCAGCGUCACUUAAUUUUAGAUAUUAUAACAGUUUUGUGAAUGUUAAACAUAGCAAAAUUACUGGAACUUUGGGCAAUCGCGUAUCGAACCUCGCGGAUACUGGUGUGUUUUGUGCCAGCGGUUAUUCGACAUUAACACGCACUUUACCUCAAGGAAUAUUUAUUCAACAGCAAUCUGCUUCAAAUUAUUCAACAAUGUCUGGAAAUGCCAAAAUUUUACAAGCAUCCAUUAAAGAGCUUGAUCCCGAGCUUUUGGAUUUAAUCAAGGAUGAGAAACAACGUCAAGUUAAAGGCCUUGAAAUGAUUGCUAGUGAAAAUUUCACUUCAUUGGCUGUUUUGGAAUGUUUGGGUUCUUGCUUGCAUAAUAAAUAUUCCGAAGGUUUACCCGGCAAACGCUAUUACGGCGGCAAUCAAUUUAUUGAUAAAAUUGAAGUGUUGGCCCAAAAACGUGCCUUGGAAACAUUUAAUUUGAAUCCCGAAGAAUGGGGUGUAAAUGUACAGCCCUACUCUGGCUCUCCAGCUAACUUCUCCGUCUACACUGGUUUGUUGCAACCCCAUGAUCGCAUUAUGGGUUUGGACUUGCCCGAUGGUGGACAUUUGACUCAUGGCUUCAUGACUGCCAACAAACGCAUUUCAGCCACUUCCAUCUUCUUCGAAUCAAUGCCCUACAAGGUUGAUCCUAAGACUGGUCUCAUCGAUUAUGAUGGCUUGGAGGCUAAUGCUAAAUUGUUUAAGCCUAAAGUCAUUAUUGCUGGCGUAUCCUGCUACUCCAGAUGUUUGGAUUACGCUCGUUUCCGUAAGGUUUGCAAUGACAACGACGCCUACUUGUUUGCUGAUAUGGCUCAUGUUGCCGGUUUGGUAGCAGCUGGCCUUAUUCCCUCACCAUUCGAAUAUGCUGAUGUAGUCACCACUACCACACACAAGACAUUGAGAGGACCUCGUGCCGGUGUUGUAUUUUUCCGCAAGGGUGUACGCAAGGUUAAGCCUAAUGGUGAUAAGGUUAUGUACGAUAUUGAAGAUCGUAUUAACAAUGCCAUUUUCCCAGGACUUCAAGGUGGUCCCCACAACAAUACCAUUGCUGGUAUUGCCACUGCUUUCAAGCAAGCCCAAUCUCCUGAAUUCAAAGAAUAUCAAACCCAAGUUAUUGCUAAUGCUCGCCGUUUAUGUGAUGGUUUGAUUAAGAAGGGUUACAACAUUGCCACUGGUGGCACUGAUGUUCAUUUAGUUUUGGUAGACUUACGUAAUGUUGGUUUGACUGGAUCCCGUGCCGAAUACAUUUUGGAAGAAGUCAAUAUUGCCUGUAAUAAAAACACUGUUCCUGGUGACAAAUCAGCAAUGAAUCCUUCCGGUAUCCGUUUGGGCACACCAGCUUUAACCACACGUGGUUUGGUUGAAUCCGAUAUUGAUGCUGUGGUCGAGUAUAUUGAUGCUGCUCUUAAGAUUUGCGGUGAAGCCGUUAAGGUUUCCGGUCCAAAAUUGGCUGAUUUCCACCACACUGUACACAAUAAUCCCGAUAUUCAAGCUAAAGUAGUUGCCUUGCGUACUGAAAUCGAAAAAUUCAGUGAAAAAUUCCCCCUUCCUGGAUUUGCCGAACUUUAAAUAUGUGUUACUUUAAUUUGACUUUAACACGCCAUCAUAGUUUUAAGUUAUAAAAUAAAAAUAUUAUUUUUUUAAUAAAAUCUUAUAUUUUUUAAAA